GGGAUCAGAUCUUAAAAAUCAAACGGCUUUGAUCAACUGAAAUCCCGUUAGUUCAGUUGUCUCCCAACCACACUAUAAUAAAAUCUCUCCCAUUCCUUUUCUACCUUCGCGGUAUUUGGUGUUUUUUUAUUGCCUCCUUACUUUCUCGUUGAGGAAAUUUCCGGGUGAGGUGGGAUGCUGUCUUGUUUUUUCCCUUUUUCUCCCUCGUCUGUUUGGUUGGAUACUUACUCGUUAAGUUUUCCCUUUUUUUCCACUCUGAUUGAGUUUUUUCUUUCUUUUUAAUUGUGGAAGUGGACUUGAAUAGACUGAGGUGGGAAAUCUGAUUCUUAAUCCAGGCUCUUCUUUUAUGGAGCUAGGGAUGUCACUGAGGGGUGAUGAUGCUUCAGUACAUUCUAUUACUUUAUUUGUGGCACUUCUAUGUGCUUGCCUUGUGAUUGGUCAUCUUUUGGAGAAAAAUCGGUGGUUCAAUGAGUCAAUAACCCCAAUUUUCAUUGGACUUUUUACUGGUAUUGUGAUUCUAUUAACCUCCGCAGGAACGAGCUCACAUCUUUUCAUUUUCAGUGAAGAGCUUUUCUUCAUAUAUCUUCUGCCUCCUAUCAUAUUCAAUGCUGGGUUCCAAGUAAAAAAGAAGCAGUUUUUUCGAAAUUUUGUGACAAUCAGCUUGUUUGGUGCUGUUGGUACUUUGAUCUCGUUUGUCAUUAUAUCAGUAGGUUGUCUGCAGUUAUUCAAGAAAUUGGAUGUCGGUUUUCUUGAGUUGGGAGAUUAUCUUGCACUUGGAGCAAUCUUUUCAGCCACAGAUUCAGUUUGCACCUUGCAGGUGCUAAAUCAGGAUGAGAUGCCUCUUUUGUACAGUCUAGUCUUUGGUGAAGGUGUGGUCAAUGAUGCUACAUCUGUUGUACUUUUCAACGCAAUCCAGAGAUUUGAUCUCUCUCACAUAACAUCAAGCAUUGUUUUGGAGUUCAUUGGCAAUUUCUUAUAUUUAUUUAUUACAAGCACACUCCUAGGAGUGGGGGUUGGGUUGCUAAGCGCAUACAUCAUAAGAAAGUUGUACAUUGGCAGGCACUCUACUGAUCGUGAGGUUGCUCUCACGAUUCUUAUGGCUUACCUUUCAUAUAUGAUAGCUGAACUAUUCAAUUUGAGUAGCAUUCUUACCGUGUUCUUUUGUGGAAUUGUCAUGUCACACUACACAUGGCAUAAUGUAACUGAAAAUUCUCGAGUCACAACCAAGCAUGCAUUUGCAACAUUGUCUUUCAUAUCUGAAAUCUGUAUCUUCCUGUAUGUUGGUAUGGAUGCUUUGGAUAUUGAGAAGUGGGGAGUGGUAAACAAGAGCCGAGGGACAUCUUUUGGGGUGAGUUCAAUACUGCUUGGCCUGGUUCUGCUAGGAAGAGCAGCUUCUAUUUUUCCCCUAUCCCUUAUAUCCAAUUUAUUUAAGGCGUGUCCAGCUGAUAAAAUUACACUCAGGCAGCAGAUAACAAUAUGGUGGGCUGGGCUCAUGCGAGGUGCUGUGUCAAUGGCACUUGCUUAUAAUCAGUUUGCUAGAUCAGGGCAUACUCAAAGACUUGGAAAUGCUAUUAUGAUCACCAGCACGAUCACAAUUGUUCUCUUCACCACCGUGGUGUUUGGAUUACUGACCAAGCCUCUCAUUAGUUUCCUGCUGCCAAUGAGACAACCCAGCAGCACGGCUGGUGAAUUGCCCAUUGAUAAGUCAAUCACUGAGCCACUUCUUGCCAAUGGCAAUGGCAAUGAGCAUGAACAACUUCUUGCCAAUGGCAAUGGCCAUGUGCAUGAUCAAGAAUCUUGCAUGACAAUUCCUCGUCCUACAAGUCUACGGAUGCUCCUUACUGUCCCAGCCUAUACAGCAGUUCACUACUACUGGCGAAAGUUCGACAAUGCAUUCAUGCGCCCUGUGUUUGGUGGUCGAGGAUUUACCCCUCUUGCUCCUGGCUCACCAACAGAUCCGAUGGUUCUUCAGUGAUGAAAAUUCAUUCUAUUUUGGACGCAAAUAUAAGUUGCAGAGCUUUAGAAAUUAUCUCUUGUAAAUAUUACUAAUUAAGAUGAGAAAAAGAAUUCAUAGCUCUAUGAUAUUCCAGCGAUACCUAGCUGGCUUAGUUUAAGUGGUUUAUUGGGAAUUGUUUUUUUGUAAUCUUGAGUUGUACGGUGAGAGAGGUAAUUAAUUUACUUUGCAUGG